AUGGAAUUACUGGAAGAUUCACACCAGGAAAUGAGGAUCAACAAUUCUUACCAACUUGCUGCUGUGCAGCUCUGUUUUGAGAAUGUGAAUAGAUCCUGCAUCAAAACCCCCUAUUCUCCCAUUCCUCGAAUGAUUCUCUACGUGGUCUUUGGUUUUGGGGCCGUGCUGGCAGUAUUUGGCAAUUUGCUGGUCAUCAUCGCCAUCCUUCACUUCAAGCAGCUGCACACACCUACAAACUUCCUCAUUGCCUCCUUGGCCUGUGCUGACUUUCUGGUUGGACUCACUGUGAUGCCCUUCAGCAUGGUGAGAUCUGUGGAAAGCUGCUGGUAUUUUGGGGAGAGUUACUGUAAAUUUCACACGUGUUUUGAUGGGUCAUUUUGCUAUGCUUCUCUCUUCCACUUAUGUUUCAUCUCCAUUGAUAGAUAUAUUGCUGUCACUGACCCUCUGGUCUAUCCAACUAAGUUCACAGUGCCCAUUUCAGGGAUAUGUAUUGUUGUGUCCUGGGGCUGUUCAGUAACAUAUAGCUUUUCUCUCUUUUACACAGGGGUCAAUGAUGACGGGUUGGAGGAUAUGGUAAUUGCUCUCACUUGUGUGGGAGGUUGCCAGGCUCCAGUGAAUCAAGACUGGGUUCUCUUUGGAUUUCUUUUGUUCUUUAUACCAACAAUUGCCAUGCUCAUUUUAUAUGGCAAAAUUUUUUUGGUGGCUAAACACCAGGCUAGAAAGAUAGAAAGUACCAUCAACCAAACCCAGGCCUCUGCAGAGAGCUAUAAGGACAGAGUGGCCAAACGAGAAAGAAAGGCUGCUAAAACACUAGGGAUUGCUGUGGCUGUAUUUCUUGUCUCUUGGCUGCCAUAUUUCAUUGAUUCACUAAUUGAUGCUUAUAUGAAUUUCAUAACUCCCCCUUAUGUCUAUGAGAUCUUACUGUGGUGUGUUUAUUAUAAUUCUGCUAUGAAUCCCUUGAUCUAUGCAUUCUUUUACCCUUGGUUUCGGAAAGCAAUAAAGCUCAUUGUGAGUGGCACAGUCUUGAGGAAUGAUUCUUCAGCAAUGAAUUUAUUUUCUGAAAAAGUAGAAAUAUGA